GAGAUCGGAGCAGAGAGAGGGGAGGGAUUUGCCACUUUCCGACCCAAAGGAGCUCUGCAAGUUGACGUGGAUUUCCUGAAUGAUCGCAUGAGGAAGAGAGGGGUGGACAGGAUACGCCUUGCCAUGCGACCAGACGAGGCAUUUGGACUCGUGUACUCCUGGGACAACGUCAUUCUGGCAGAGGAAGUAGGGAAGCCUCUGCCCGACUCUCCUUCCUCACUCCGCCAGCUCUCAACCGCGUCACCUGCCCACUGCAUCAAAUCAGUCCUCUUCUGGGCAUCGGACGAGCCCACCAUUGCGUCGCUCAAAGAUAGAUUGUCUGAGCUCUACUGUCGCCAGCUCUCCAAGGUGCGAGCGCCAUUAGACGGCGUGCAGGAGUGGUUGGAUGCGUUGCAGAAGGCGGGAGUGCCAUGUGCCGUGGCCACGUCCAUAGACCGCCUCACUCUGCUCUCUGCCCUCGACCGCAUGAAGCUGCUGCACCACUUCCAGGCGUUUGUGACAGCAGAGGAUGACAUGGAGUCAAUGGCUCAUCGGUUCCUCUCUGCCGCUGUCAAGCUGGACCGAGCGCCAGCCAAGUGUGUGGUGUUUGAGGAUGACCCGAGGGGAAUCACAGCAGCGCACAACUGCAGCAUGAAGGCCGUGGCGCUCAUCGGCACACACCCCGCGUGA